AUGCCUACCGAGAACAGGAAGCGUGGACGCCGCGAGGAGAAGAAGCGCAAGCGCGAGCAGCACGACGCCCACCAGGACCCCAAACGACACAAGCCCGACGCCCACGCCCACGCCCACGCCCACGCCCACGCCCACGCCCACGCCCACGCCCACGCCCACGCCCACGCCCACGCCCACGCCGACCACGUCCUGCAGCAGCACGACGACCCCCCCCAGCAUGACGGCCAGGACGAGGAGCCCUUCCAGGACGAGGCCAUCGAUGGCGUCACACGGCCCGCCGCCAUGCCCUUCUACGGCAUGCUGGACGAGGACGAGCAGGACUACUUCAAGCGCGCCGACGAGAUGCUCGAGCUGAAUCACUUCGCCGACCCCGACGAGCGCGCCCUGUUCCUCGCCAGCGUCUGGAAAGAGGCCGACGGCAAGGAACUCAAGAUCGCCAACAGCCAGUCCUGCUCCCGCCUGAUGGAGCGCCUCAUCCUGCUGUCCACCCCGCACCAGCUGAAGCGCCUCUUCCAAAAGUUCUCUUCUCACUUCCUCCACCUCGUCCAGCACCGCUUCGCCUCCCACUGCUGCGAGGCCCUCUUCAUCCACGCCGCACCCGUCGUCACCCAGGAGCUGGCCAACCCGGACCUCGCCCUGGCCCCCUCGUCCGACCCCGAUGCCGUCAUCGUCUCCAUGGAGAACCUCUUCCUCCUCACCCUAGCCGAGCUCGACGAACACCUGGGCUACCUCAUGACAGACCGCUUCGCUUCCCACGUACUGCGCGUCCUCGUCGUCAUCCUCUCGGGCUCGCCGUUGGAGAAGCAGGGCAAGUCGGCUGUGCAGAGCAAGAGGAAGGAAAAGGUCGGCGUGGCUGGUGCCGACAAGACAGAACGAGUGCUGGAGCACCGAGCCAUCCCCACGUCCUUUGAGGAAGCCCUCGAAAAGGUCAUCGACAAGAGCGUCUCUGGACUCGACUCCAACUACCUCCGCACCCUCUCCACACACCCGCUCGGCAACCCCACCCUGCAGAUGCUCCUCAAGCUGGAGCUCAAGCACUUUGGCAAGUCACGGGCGAAAGACGAAAAGUCCAUCAUCCACAAACUCCUACCCGACGACCCCAUCGCCGAAGGCACAGAGAGCGCUGCCUUCAUCAACGGCCUCGUCUACGACCCGAUUGGCUCCCGUCUGCUCGAGACCAUGAUCGAGAACGCGCCCGGGAAACUGUUCAAGACCAUCUACAAUGAAUUCUUCAAGGAGCGCAUGGGGAGCCUGGCCCGCAACGAGAUCGCCGGCUAUGUGGCAGGCAAGAUCCUGGAGAGACUUGGCAAGGACGACCUCGCAGACGCCAUGCGCCAGAUUGUGGACCAGAUUCCCAACCUCGUCGAACGCAACCGUACUGCCAUUAUCAAGACACUGAUCGAGCGAUGCGCCGUCCGAGACGUCGAUACCCUUCCCAUCACGAAACAGCUCGAGCUGGCCUACAGCGGCCCGAACGGGUUCGAGAUCUCGCGCAUCCUCAAGCUCAGCGAUCCACUCCACGAGGACGGCAAAGCCAAUGGAAAGCUCCACGGCAGACCCGACCACUCGCCGGAGAAGGUCCAUGGCUCUCUGUUGGCCCAGACUAUGAUGACCGUCGAGGGGCCUCUCGGAGACCUCAUCUUCGACUCCCUCGCCAGCUUGUCACCCGAACUUUCACUCAACCUUGCUCGCGAUCCCACAGCAUCGCGAACCCUGCAAGCAGCACUGAACUGCAAGCAUGCUUCCGUCAUCUUCCGCCGGAAGAUGAUCCAGCAGUUCUACGGUCACGUUGGCGAGCUGGCGCUCGACCCCGCGGCAUCUCGUGUCAUCGACGCCAUCUGGGACGGCACCCACGGUCUCGCCUUCAUCCGCGAACGCGUCGCCGAAGAGCUCGCCGAGAACGAAAGCGCUCUGCGCGAAUCCUUUGUCGGCCGCGCCGUCUGGCGAAACUGGCGGAUGGACUUGUACAAGCGCAAACGCCCCGACUGGGUCAAGCAAUCACGAUACACCGCCGGCAACGACGGCUUCCAGUCCUUCCCGGAGAGCCAAGGCCAAUCCGACCAGAAACAACCCGGGCGGCACCUGACCGCACUCGAGCGUGCGCGACAGAAGCACGCCGCUGCCAAAACCGCUGCUUUGAAAAAGAACGACUCGGCCGGCAGCCGCAAGACGGAAAGGAAAGACACGAGUGUGGCAACGGGCAGCAACAAGACCGAGAAGGCGGAAAAGGCCAGCGUCGUGGCGCAAUAA